AUGCACAUUGAGUUUGACAGCUUGAGGGUGGUGUUGAGGGCCACUGGGAAGAGGGUGCUGGCUGGUGUGACUGGGCAGCUGAGACCUGCCAAACUGACUGCCAUCAUGGGACCCAGUGGCGCAGGCAAGACAACUCUGCUGAACACAUUGGCUGGCAAGAUGGGCAAUGGGAAGGUCACAGGAAGAGUGCGCAUCAAUGGGCGGCCGGAUCGCCUGGAGCGCUACAGAAACAUCUCCGGCUUUGUUCCCCAGGCAUGUCACCUACAUAAUGCUGCAUGCUACAAUGCGGACGACAUUGUGCAUGCCAGCCUGACAGUCGAAGAGAACCUGCUCUUCAGCGCGCGAUAUCGCCUGCCCGCCACCACAAGCCAUGCCGAGCAUCUGCUCUCUGUGCUGCUGCUGUCUGGGGUGCGCCAUGAGCUGGUGGGCGACACAGAGGUUCGAGGCAUCAGCGGCGGCCAGCGCAAGGGAGUCAAUAUCGGCAUUGAAUUAGUCACCGACCCCGCCCUGCUCUUCCUGGACGAGCCCACCUCCGGCCUCGACUCCACCUCUUCCAAACUUGUCGUUGCCACCCUUCAGCAGGUGUCGCGCAUGGGAGUUACUGUGGCAGCAGUGGUGCAUCAGCCCAGCUAUGAGAUCUUCGCCAUGUUUGAUGACCUGCUGCUGCUCUGUGAGGGCGGCCGCACUGCCUUCUAUGGCGGUGUCACAUCUGUGCAGGGCUACUUUGAGGGACUGGGAUACAGCGUGCCGGUGCAUGCAAACCCAGCGGACAUCUUCAUGGACAUUGUGGCCGGCCUUGCAGCGCGCAGCAAGCAGCCGUCCAUGGGCAGCGCGCAUGUGCAAGGCACCAUGUCUCCUUCUAGGGCCAUCUUUGCUCAGCAUGCUGCCGAGGUAUGGUCCACCUUCAGCGCACUUCUUGCAUAG